UAGAACAGUGACGCUUUUCUGACACGUCCUUUUAAACAUCAUGUAUAUAUAUUUUUUUCUGUUUUUAAUACUGUUUGGUUCUGGUUAGAUUUAGAUGCAGAACCACAGAAAACAGUUCUUCCUCGAGUAUCUGGAGAUCCUGGAGUAUUAUUUCAAUCUGUGCAAUAUUAUUUUGCUUAUUUGUUGGAGCCAUAGAGUUUUUUUUUUUUAUUCCUGACUUUCCACCAACAGGACAUAUUAGGUCCAAGUUGAUGUUAUUUACAGACUGACUCGUUUUUGAGUUCCUAAUGGUUUGAUUAAACCCAUUCUCAAUUCAAGUGACUAUUCAAACAGGUUAAUAACUAUAAGAACUCGAUUUAUAUAACAGCUUUAGUAAUGGCUAUGAUUUUCUCCUUUGUAACAGAAUGAUGAAUAAUCACAGACCUCACUCUGAGAACCACUGCUUUAAAUGAUUGGCUCACGUGUGAUUUCACUCUCUUUUCCUUGUGUCUCUGCAGUCGUGGGGAAGGCCGAGGGCUCUGUGGCGCGGGAGGAGGGGCACGGCCACGUCACGGCUCUGUCGGUGGCUCCUGAGUUCAGACGGCUGGGUUUGGCUGCCAAACUCAUGGACAUGCUGGAGGAGAUCUCCGAAAGGAAAUUAGGUUUCUUUGUUGACCUUUUUGUCCACGUCUCCAACCAAGUGGCAGUGAACAUGUACAAACAGCUGGGCUACAGUGUCUACAGAACCGUGAUCGAAUAUUACUCAGCCAGCAACGGAGAACCGUUUAUAAGCUUACUAUUCUAAUGACAUCUCAUAUAUUUUAAUCAGUGAUACCUUGGUAAAUGAUAAACUUC